AUGGCAAAAUGGACAGAGCAAUCGCUGUAUAGAUGCCUGCAGCAUAUCAGUUUAUUGGAAUUUUGUAUCCGAACUGAAAUUAUUUUUUUUAGACUUGCUGAUAAAAAUCAAAAAAAAGCAUUAAGUGGUGAAGAAAAGUCGCACAGCCGUACAUGGAGACCUCUUCAAGACUUUGUCACAAGAGUGAAUGACGAUAAGAAUACGAAAGUAAAUAGCGCGGUAUGCACGAUCUUCUCUGGUUCAUCUAAAUUAAAAAAAAAAGCGAUCAACGAAUUAUAUUGUUCGGGAUUCCCUAUGAAAGAAACAGAAGAAGCAAUAAACGAAUAUCAAGGAAGAUAUCAUACAUACGCAAUACAUUUGCAACCUUUAGAUAAAUCUGGAAUUUCACCGAGACCAGAAUGA